UUGAACCGGAGAGAGACGGCGCAGUGGAGCAGUGGGAGGACCAUCCCCAUGCCUGGACUUGCUGCUCUUCUGCAGCGCGCAGCUUCGACUGAAGGAAAGCGUGCCGAGGUAGCGAGUGGCGGUUCAGUGCAACUCUGCGAGGACCACCCGGCCGACACACACACACACACACACACACACAAAAAGAAGGCAACUUCAAUCCAAGUGCUUGGACUCCAUCUUGAGCCAAAAGCGAGGCUGGAAUGAGCGAGCUCCAUGACGGACACUUUCUCAGCCUUUUCUGCACCUCUGACUGACAAAGGAGGGCAAAGCAAGACUCUCAAAAGUGCUUCCACGCACCCUGCCAAGGAGGGCCCCACCUUCAACAUGGAGGAGGGAUAUGAGCUAGACCUGACGUACGUCACGGAGCGCAUCAUUGCCGUGUCCUUCCCCCGGGGAUGCCCGGAAGAGAUCUACGCUCACAACCUGAAGGAUGUCACUCGAAUGCUCAAGUCCAAGCAUGCAGACAAUUACCUGAUUAUCAACCUGUCGGAGAAAAGACACGACCUGUCAAGAAUGAAUCCAAAGACUCUGGAUACGGGCUGGCCCGACAUGCACGCGCCGCCUCUUGAUAAGAUCUGCACCAUCUGUAAAGCCAUGGAGAGCUGGCUCAACGCGGACCCGCUCCACGUCGUGGUUAUCCACUGCAGGGGCGGCAAAGGGCGAAUUGGUGUUGUCAUUUCAUCCUUUGUGAAUUUCACAGAUGUAUCAGCCAGUGCUGAUCAGGCAUUGGACCGCUUCGCCAUGAGGAAAUACUACGAUGAUAAGGUGUCUGCUCUCAUGACGCCUUCACAGAAACGGUACGUUUGGAUCCUCAACAGCCUCCUAAGCGGAUCCAUGAAGAUCAAUGCCUCCCCUUUAUUCUUGCACUGCGUCAUCCUCCACGGAAUCCCCAACUUUGAGUCCUCUGGAGUAUGUCGACCGUAUGUCAAGGUCUACCAGGGAAUGCAAGCGGUGUAUUCAUCAGGAAUCUAUCACAUUGGUCCAGGCCACAGGGGGCGGAUCUGCGUCACUCUGGAGCCUGCCCAGCUUCUCAAAGGGGACAUUAUGAUUAAAUGUUACCACAAGAGUGAAGUUUCUUCAGAACGUGACGUGAUUUUCCAGCUGCAGUUCCACACGGGAGCAGUGCAGGGCUACAAGCUGAUGUUCGAUAAAGAGGACAUGGAGGCCGCCAACAAAGAUCCUAGAUUUCCAGAGUACGGCAAAGUGGAGGUGGUUUUUUCUGAGGGACCAGAAAAGAUUCCUGGUGCUGACAGGUGGCAUAACGGCGUGGAUGUUACUGUGGACUACAACACCGCAGACCCCCUGAUCCGCUGGGACUCCUACCAGAACAUGUGUGAUGCUGAAGCACCGCGCUCUCAAGGCCUAAGCCAGGACAAAGCAGCUCCCAAGAAGACCCCCAACGGAGGAGAUACCACCCUGGGUCUGGCAGCCUGCACGACCUCCGCCACCUCCAGCCCCGACCACAGCGAUCACGCCCUUUCUGUCAGCAGCGACUCGGGCCUGUCUAGCACCUCGAUCUGGGCAGACAGACCCACACCUUCGUCCACCUCCGUUACCUCAGUCACCGUCCGCUCCAACCAGGGUCCAAGCCAGCAGGAGAAAGUCCAGCUCCAACGGCUGUUGAGUGGAUUUGGAGUGGAGGACCCCUCACUGGAGGAGAUGGACGAGCCACCCCGAAGGGUGGGUAUCCAUCAGACAGUCCCAGCUCAAGUGCACAUUAAUGGCGUUCCAUCGAGAGGUCCUCAAGAAAGGGAAACAGACAUCCUGGAUGAUGAGGUCAUAACGGGCCAGGAUCUGCAUAGUGUGGACAGCUUUGGGACCUUGUCGUCCUCCUGCCACAAGAGCAGCCAGAACUCUCUCCUCUCAGAUGGCUUUGGGAGUCCUGGAGGAGAGGAGCAGCAAAGCCAAAGCCAGACUCGCCUCCACCACCCGGCACCUUCUCCCAUGGAUGACUACGAGAGACAUUAUAGUGAAGCUAGGAGGGGCCAUAUUGGCUCCAGGAGCAACUCUGUCGCUACUUCUAACCCCAGCAGCACUUCCAUGCCAAAGCAGCAUGUCUACAGACAGGGAAGCUAUUCCACACAGUCCUGGGUCCGCCAGCAGCAGAUGGUUGCCGCACAACAGUUAAUUUACAUGCCUGAGGAUGGAAAUAAUACAGAAAGGUACCCAGAGAACAAACAAAGGAAUGGUUCACCCAAAGAAGGCCUAACCUUGGAGCAACAGGACACAGCAACGACUUCUCUGAGAUGCACAGCUCCUCACAAGGAACAGGCAACGCUCAACAAUAACAACAACAACAAACGAGAUGACGAGUUCAAAUCUCUCACCAUGGACAUUGACAACUCCAUUGAUCAGCUCAACCAGCUCAUCAUGGACCUGGACCCCACUUUCAUGCCGCUCUCCAGCCAAAGCAGCUCCAUCAAGAGAAACGGGGGCGCGCACGUAAACGGCUCGGCUUCCAAGUGCUCCAAUGGCAUCGAUCUGCGAUUCUGCGAGAACAACAUGCAGCAGAUCGCUGCCCAGUCCAAUGAAGGGGAUGUCACACGGAGUCUAAGUCGUCAAGCAAGUGAUGUCACAGAUCACGCAAGGUUCUGCAGUUCAGGGUGGACGGGGCCGGAGGAAUACAGAAGUCAGAGGACGUACUCACCCUGUGUAUCACAGUCACAGCAUACCUUGUUGUGCAGGAGCGACAGUGGUGACUACAGGGCGCAAGGUCCAGACGCAGACAGUGGUGUUGAAGCUGGGUGUGACAUGACUCCACCCACGCCCGCCUUCCCAAUAUCUCCACCUACACCCUACGUGAAAAAUAUGUCAGAGUUUACUCAAUCACUCCGGCAAACUCCACCUCCCAGCAUUCAUUCCUAUGGAGGGUUCAGGACAGACCACGAAUCGCAAGGAUAUUCAGAGAUGAUCAAUCAUGCUGGAGUUGACGUGUCAAAUUCCACCAUCAACAUCCACAGGACACAAAAUACGACACAUUCUGCCUCAAUUGUUGGGUCCCAUCAGCGGACAGGCAGUCCAUCAGUGAACCAGUCUUGGCCGGAGCAUCCCGUCCUGAACCGUCAAGCCUCUUUGACCAGCUUCCCCUCCAAGAGGCAAGCCCCCCUGCACUCCACAUCAUUGGACUAUGGCCACCAACACGUCCACCCGGCGCCAAAUGCCCACAGCUCGCCUCGUAGCAGCCAGCGAAGCCGUAUGGCUAGCUACGCCCUAAGCCACAGUCCUGCCCAAAGCUUCGACGAGCAGGAUGACUUAGGUCUAGGCUAUAGUUCGCACUGUCCGACCCCUGCCUUGAUGCUUGGAAACGGGAGUUUGGAAAGGGAUAUCCUUGCCUCCUUGGAUGGGAAUCAGUCGCAGCCCCUCCAGAUGCAACCCCCACAUCUACCUGAGAAGAAGAGGGUAUCAGAUGGAGAACAUGGAGGAACGGCCUCCCCAGUCUUGAGUGGAUUCUCAAGUCCACACAGUGGGAGCUCGCUCAGUAUCCCCUUCCCCAACGUCUUGCCUGACCUGUCGGCUCAGAUGCCGAGAACAGAUUCACCUCUGCCAGAUGUGCUUGCCAGCAAGCAGGUUACUGUCAAAUUUGUACAAGACACAUCUAAAUUCUGGUACAAGCCUGACAUCUCAAGAGACCAAGCCAUUUCAGUCUUAAAGGACAAGGAGCCAGGAUGCUUCAUUGUGCGUGACAGCCAUUCCUUUCGAGGCGCCUACGGGCUCGCAAUGAAGGUGGCCACACCUCCACCCUCUGUCCUCCAGCAGAGCAAGAAAGGCGGAGAGCUUGCCAAUGAAUUAGUGCGCCACUUCCUGAUUGAGUGCACGCAGAAGGGUGUUCGCUUGAAGGGUUGCCCCAAUGAGCCCUAUUUUGGAAGUUUAACUGCGCUGGUUUGCCAACAUUCAAUAACUCCCUUGGCCCUGCCCUGUAAACUCAUCAUACCAGACAGAGACCCUCUCGAAGAUGUGGUGGAAAACACGUCACAGUCAGUCACCAACUCUGCUGCAGAACUACUCAAACAGGGAGCAGCCUGUAAUGUUUGGUACCUGGGCUCGGUGGACAUGGAAUCCCUCACAGGAGUCCAGGCGGUGCAAAAAGCCACAGGCAUGACUCUGAGCUCCAACCCCCCUCCGACUUCCACAGUGGUCCACUUCAAGGUGUCUUCGCAGGGAAUCACCCUCACCGACAACCAGAGGAAGCUUUUCUUUAGGAGGCACUACAACGUCAACACGGUCAUAUUCUGUGCUCUGGACCCUCAAGAUAGAAAGUGGAAAAGGGACGGCUGCACCUCAGCAAAGAUCUUUGGCUUCGUGGCGAGAAAAAGCGGCACCUCCAUGGACAACGUGUGCCACCUGUUCGCUGAGCACGACCCCGAGCAGCCGGCCAGCGCCAUCGUCAACUUCGUGUCCAAGGUGAUGAUCGGCUCGCUGAAGAGUAAGUAGGAGGAGCGCGUUCUGCACAAAUGAGGAACUGCAGAUGUGACACGAUUACGACCAGCGUAUUCCGCUGGAUGUGGACUCUCGUGACUUGAUUAUCAAACACACAUACAUCUAUGAUGUGUGAGUUUUCCAAUUUCAACAUUUAACAGUAAGGGCAUUAACAUUGUUGAUUAAAUGAAUGCUUUUCUCUUAUGAAAUCAUGGAAAAUGCGUUAAAGCAGUGUGCAUGUACAUAAAUUGGUUUCAUGGGAUGGAUGGCGUGCAUAUAUGAUCUAUGCAACAUAAAAAUGUUUAUUUUUUUAAACCAGACUUCACCAUGUUCAGCAUUAUAAGCCUUCCUCUAAGUUCUGUGUGUAUGAAAGCUGUCAACAUUUUCAUGAAAAUGAGUGUGUUUGUGUGUGUGUGAGAGAUGAAAAUUAUUUUAAGUAAACCCUAAUAUAUACUGUAUUAAAAAUAUAUAUCCCCCCCCAUGACACAAGCUGGUUACAGUGUCCACUUAUAUCACAAAUUGUGCUUUCGUUUGUCCUUUUGGCGAGGGCACAUUACAACUGUAACCCACUUCAUGGUUUUUUUCAGAAGUGUGGGACAGCGAGCCUCCCACAGCUUAUAACCACAUUGAACAUUUUAAUGAAACACUUCAAAAUAGUUCUAGAAAAUAAUCUGUCUGUAACCAUUUUUUUUUAAAAAACUCAUUGAAGUCCAUUUCUUUCAAGCUGAGCCCUACUUUGAAAAACAAGAUGCAGCUACUGUAAAUUGUUGUCACCACUUGUUAAAUCUCCAUAUUGCCAUAACUGAAGUUAGCUUAGCAUGUUUGUCAAGGGAAAAAAAACUAUUUAUGUCAAACUGUAAAACCUCUCUCUCUCUCUCUCUCACCCCGCCCCCUGAAAAAAAGAAAAAAAUGUUCCAUUUUGUUGUGGAUAUAUAUAUUUUUUGAAUAAAUUGUCUUUCUCAACCAGCAGCACCGCUCCCCUUAAAUCGUCCGGCGCCCCCUAGGGGAAACAAGUCAUCAUUAACUGUAACCUUUAGCCAUGACUUUUCUGCAAACCCAAAAUUGGUUCUUAAACAUGUUCUCUGGGGCCCACGAGGGGUGGCAUUCCUCACACUUUGAAAAGAAAGACAAAUAUUUUUAACGGCAAAAUUUACCAAUAUCGGGCGGGAGGAAAACUGAAAAAUCCAGUGGUAAAAAAUUGAUAUUCUGGAGCUAUUUUCUGGAUUUUUUUCCACAUUUGGGCAUUUUGUCCGUUUUUUAUUUUGUAUUUAUUUUUAUUCUCUGAAGUUGUAGCGUCUCCCCCUGCAGUCAUCUCUGGAUUCAUUUCCUGGAAUUUUCAUUCUCAAUUCCCCUUUAAAUUGGUCCUUUAACAACUGAAGUUGGCUUCGCACGUUUGCAGCUUCCUUAAUUUGAAUUAAUUGUUCUCAAUGUGCUGCCACCCUCAAGCUCUCUGGCGCCCCUACUGGCUGGAGGGUAACAGUAGCAGCCCUGGUUAACAAACUUCUUUUUUUGGAGGCCCUCACACACUACACGCACACACACACACACACAAAUGAUCCAUUUAUCCCCGAAAACUGUUUUCUUUAUGUUUUUCAAGCUGCUGGACCUCCUCUCAAUUCCUCUGAUGCCCCCUAGGGGGAGGUGUUCCCUCACACUUUGAAAACUACUGUUCUCACAGAGAUAUUGGCAGGAGGCAAAUUGGCUAUAUUUUGUGUAUCACAGUAUCUGACAAGUGUUGGAAUUGCAGAAAGAAGGUAACAUUUUCAUUCAACUUGCGCCGUCUCUUCUGCGUGGAUGCUUUGGACGACUUGACAUGUAAUUUCCACUUCUGUUUCCGCCAAUCUCACCAACAGUGUGGCUCCAUCUCUUCAUACAAUUAAACACAAUAGCAUAAAUGGCCACACAAAUGCUAUGUGUAUCUCACGCAUACUGGACCUCUGUUCAUCAGUUUAUUUGUGUAUGCAAAUGUACAUUUUGUUUGAUGUGCUCUGUAAAUAAACACAAGGAAACAUGAA